AUGGAAAUCAGAGCUGAUAACUCAUGGAUGGACCGUUUUAUCACAUCCACCAUACUCCCUAGAUUUCGCUUCAUCGGAUUACCUCUUCUCCCAUCUUCGACGUCAUUGAGACGGCCAAGACUUCGACAUAAAACGCCUCCAGGUUUUCUUCGAGGGCUUGCCCGCAACCUUCUGGAGGAAGGGCAUACAUGA